GUGAAAGGGCAGGAAGAGGCCAGGCCUCCUCGUCUCUCUCUCCUCGCCAUCCCCUUUAUUUAUUUUGUGCACGUCUGUUUGGGUUCUGGGGGUGUUUCCAGCUUGUGCUGCUGGAGGGCGGCCUCGGCAGCCCGUAACCCCUCCCCGAGGAGGCGAGGCCGGCCGGGAGCCCGCCCGGAUCCCAGGCUGGACCUCGGUGGGGCGGAGAAGGGGACAGGACGGGAAGCGAGCGGAGAGAGCCAGCCGAGGAGCUGCAGGCCGCCGGUGCGUGCCCAGGAGGCGGGGAGCUCGGCCCGGCCCGCGCCCCAGCUCCGCGCGCUGCAGGUGGAACCGUCCUUCCCCGCCGAGCGCGCUGGCGAGGGGCACCGGCUGCCCGCAGCUCGCCCGCCGUCCCCGGGCUGCGCGGUGGCGCCUCGCCCAUGGCUGAGGGCCGGCGGCGGGAGGACGAGGAGGAAGAGCUGCGAGAGCGCCGGGAGCUUGGGGGACCGCGCCGCGCCCGGGGCCGCGCGCUCCCGGGCCACUCGGCUGCAGAUUGCAACGAGCGACAUAAGCCAGAGCGUCGUUCUUCAAGCCAAGGACCCUUGUCAUCCAUUAGAGCGGUAAUCAAGAGAUCUUCUCGGACCUGUAUUCAGAGUGAACUUCAUCGGGAUAGGAGGCGCCCGGAGAUCACCAUUGUGGCAGCAGAGCCACUGAGGCCGGCUUCGUGGUUCCCAGGAGCUCCGCCACCAGGACUGGGAUUCCCCUCCAGCCCUGUAGCAGGCCCUUGGAGACCAAACGACUUGGUUCCUGCUGAGCUCCCGCCCUCCUAUGAGCAAGUGAUAAAAGAAAUCAACCAAGUUCAGGUGAACUCUACAAAUAACAAUAAUGCCGCUGCCACGCCGAGGAGCACCAGCACUUCCGCCACUCAGACCGACUUUCCGGAAGAAAUAGACAGCAAUCUGCCUCAAACUCUACAGACGCCUCUCAAGCCUCUUCAGGCGUCUCCAACAGCCUCAGCUGGUGAUCUCCCACCCAGUGUGGCACCUUUAAUCGUCUUUGAUAUUUCUGAAGAGCAAAAUUGUCCUGAAAACCCCAGUGCUACAAGAUGUCCAGUGCCAAGACCAAGAUCAAAAAACAACCUCAGACCAGUAGCUAGAGAUACUAACAGUGAAGAGAAAGGUAGCCGGAAAAGCCCCGCGGGCCUCAGAGAAGACUGGCCACCCCCGUGUCUGCUGGACAGCACCUGCAACUUAGAUAGUCAGGCAGUGAUGAACAUUAUGAACACAGAACAAAGCCAAAAUACUAUCGUUUCCAGGAUCAAAGCAUUUGAGGGUCAGACAAGUACAGAAAUCUCAGAACUGCCCAAGAAACCAGAGAUCAUUCCCCGCACCGUUCCCCCGAAGCCUGCUAUUUCCUCAGGGAAACCCUCGGUGGCGCCCAAGCCAGCUGCUAACAGGGCUUCUGGACAGUGGGACUCGUGGACCAGAAACAGGCUCAAGGUUACUUCCAGAGAAGGGCUCACCCCAUCCUCAUCACCACCAGAAGCCGGAAGCAUCCCAGUAACCAAACCUGAAUUGCCAAAGAAACCAACUCCUGGCCUUCCCCGCAGUGUGAACCAUGAGAUUUCAGGAGGAAGGCCCAUGGCCGAGAGCCCUGACGCGGGGAAGAAAGUCCCAACUCCAGCGCCCCGGCCUUUGCUGCCGAAGAAAUCGGCCUCCCCAGAUGCCCCAACUUACACUUCAGUUCCACCAAAACUGGUUUCGGUCCCUCCCCGCCUCUCAGUAGCAUCACAAGCCAAAGCGUUCAGGUCACCGGGAGAAGGGCCUCCAGCCAACCCUCCAGUUCCAGCUCUGCAGGGCAAGACCCUGGGGGACAUCGACCUCAUCAGCUUUGAUGAUGAUGUUUUGCCCACCUCAGGGAGCCCAGCUGAAGAACACCUCGGUUCUGAGACGGUUCUAGAUCCUUUUCAGCUCCCCACAAAAACGGAACCAACAAAGGAGAAAGCCGUUCCAGCAGCACCCACCAGGAAGCCUACAGUAAUUCGAAUCCCAGCCAAACCAGAAAAAUGUUUACACGAGGAUCCGCAAAGCCCACCUCCUCUUCCUGCCGAAAAGCCUGUUGGAAAUACUUACAGUACAGUGUCUGGAAAGUUCGGUAACUCAGACAGAACUAGAAACCCAGAACCGGAGCAAGCUAGUGAAUCAGGAGGCUUGGGACAAGGACCCCCCAGAUUACCACCAAGACCUGUACAUGGAAAAGUCAUUCCAGUUUGGAAGCCUCCUCCCAAAGGUGCCCCUGAGAGACCACCUCCCCCUAAACUUUCUGCAACCAAAUCAUCAAGUAAAAAUUUGCUUUUUAAUCGGUCUUCUUCCGACAUGGAUCUUCAGAAAAAGCAAAGUCCCUUGGCCCCUGGACUCUCAAAAGCCAAGAGUCAGGUCUUUAAAAACCAAGAUCCGGUGCUACCCCCUCGUCCCAAACCAGGACACCCUCUCUACAGGAAAUACAUGCUGUCUGUGCCUCACGGAAUUGCCAAUGAAGACAUUGUCUCCCAAAGCCCCACGGAACUCUCUUGUAAGCGCGGGGACGUCCUUGUGAUCCUGAAGCAGGCAGAAAAUAAUUACUUGGAAUGCCAACGGGGAGAAGGCACUGGCAGAGUUCACCCGUCCCAGAUGAGAAUCAUCACUCCCCUGGAGGAGCGGCCGAGAAGCAGACCUAACGUACGUGAGGAUUCAGGCCACACUCAGAAGCCUGUGGACAGUGGUGCUCCCCAUGCUGUGGUCCUUCACGAUUUCCCAGCAGAGCAGGCGGAUGAUCUGAGUCUCACAUCUGGAGAAAUUGUUUAUCUUCUCGAAAAAAUCGAUGCAGAAUGGUACAGAGGGAAAUGUAGAAACCAGAUUGGCGUCUUUCCUGCCAAUUACGUCAAAGUUAUUGUUGAUAUUCCAGAAGGAAGAGGUGGAAAAAGAGAAUCAGUUUCGUCUCACUGUGCUAAAGGCCCACAAUGUGUUGCCCGGUUUGAAUAUAUCGGAGACCAGAAGGAUGAGUUAAGUUUCUCAGAGGGAGAAGUAAUUAUUCUCAAGGAGUAUGUGAAUGAGGAAUGGGCCAGAGGAGAGAUUCGAGACCGAACUGGGAUUUUUCCCCUUAACUUUGUGGAACUUGUUGAGGAUCAUCCCACAUCUGGUGCAAAUAUUUUAAACACAAAGGUGCCACCAAAGACCAAAAACGAAAACCCUGGCUCGAAUUCUCAGGAGAGCAGCAUUUCUGGAGAGUGGUGCAAGGCUCUUCACAGCUUCACAGCAGAGACCAGCGAGGACCUGUCCUUCAAACGUGGAGACCGGAUCCUGAUCCUUGAGCAGUUAGACUCGGACUGGUACCGGGGCCGACUGCAUGACAGGGAAGGCAUCUUCCCGGCAGUGUUUGUACAGCCCUGCCCAGCUGAGGCAAAAAAUAUGGCUACCACAGUAUUGAAGGGGAGGAAGGUCAAGGCCCUGUAUGAUUUCCUCGGGGAAAACGAAGAUGAACUCUCUUUCAAGGCUGGAGAUGUAAUAACAGAGCUGGAGCCCGUGGAUGAUGACUGGAUGAGUGGAGAGCUCAUGGGAAGAUCUGGAAUAUUUCCCAAAAACUACGUUCAGUUUCUACAAGUCAGCUGAAGGUGAAGCUUGGCUGUUCCUUGGCACGAGCACUCACUUGAACAUUCACUUUGACUAUCAGAUAUUUUGCACUAUUUUUUUAACAGAAAGAGAAGUAUCUGAGAUGUAUGUGGUACACUGGGAUUUCUGAGAGAGGAAGACAUGUAGGUUUUAUAGUUUAGCUUCAUUCAUAGUGGGAAGGUGUACGUGAACCGUGAGUGAGCAAGUCAGCAGGGAAAUGUUAGUGGGGAUGGCAGGCGGAUGCACACGUCCCCUGGGGAAUCAUCUGGUGAUGGCAGCCAGCAUGGGGAGGCUGAUGAGCAGGAACUGUGCUCGUAACCCUCUCCCCAUCAGUUAACCAUGCUUCUUCAUUUUCUACUUUAGUUUAAAGAGAGGACGUUUGACAUUCUACAUGCUGUAACUAUCAGGACAUGGAUGGUAAUCUGAAUUUUGUUUUUGAUAUUCAAAUGAACUCUAACAGCUUGAGCACAUUAGUCUUAGUCCCAGGGCAAAGUCUUGCUUCAGAACAGAUCGUUUGGUAACUAGUGGAGCAUUUACAGGCAGGUGGGGAAAUAAGCUCAUGUUCCCCCAAAUGCUCCUUGUGUUUCCCAGCAUUUGUCCAGGGACUUGAAGGGGUCAAAACAACCAAAACCAUCCCUGAGAUGCCUUGCUAAUACAACUAACCCUCCCACAGACAUGCCACGCUUAUCUAUCUCUUUGUCCGUGUCUACUUUAUGUUAACAGGGUUACUAUAAAGCACACUUUCUGAAUCUGCAAUCAUUCCUUUGACAAUUACUGGUACCCAAAGGAAAACUCAUUUUCUUUGCAUUACCCCAGUAAUACAUAAAAGCUGUGUCAUGUUAUAGUAGUACAUAUGAAUCAUGGAUAGUAUCUUAGAAUACAGAGCAAAUGGCAAGAUGAAAAACAGUACCAAGGCCUCGUAGCUCAUUUCUUCUCAAUAUAAUCAGAAGGAAAAAUAAUUUAAGAGGACUGAAGGCUGAUGCGGCCCCCCACCCCCACCCCCAGCUCAUCUCUGCAGUUAUUGGAGUAAACACAAGAACCACUUUCCUGCUGAUCAGGGUAACACGUUCUGAGCUUAAAAAGUGGUUCUUGCGUGACUGAAUCAAUUACAGUUUACAAACUAAAGCCAAAUGGAUUGAAGACAAUCUUCCUGACGGAUCAGUGGGUUAACGUUUCACUGGAAAUGUGAGACACUUCCCAACAAGGUUCAUGGCUUUCUUCUGUUUUUGAGAAGAGUUCCAUGUGCUGGACCACGUCUUAGUUUGUGUGUUUUUCCCAUUCUCUGAAAAGCUAGGCAACUGCUGAUUACCCAAACACUUGGCUUCUGUAAGGAAGUAAUAUUUACUUUGUCUUUGACUAAAUUUUCUAUCCCUGGCCUUUGGUUUUGGAAUUUAGGACCUGGAGUUUCUACUACAUUUUGGGUGAAGAGUGUAUAGGGAAAAUUCUUGUCAGUUUUCACUGAAAUUAAUAUUAUGAGACUAGGAUGACUUAAAGAGUUAUCCGAACUAAAUUCUCAUUUGUAGCCAGCUGUACAAGAGAAAGAAGGGGUCAAGAGUGUGGAGUGGGCCAUGAAGUAUCUUUGACUGUGAGAUUUCAACAUCUAAUAGUAAAAAUUCUGAAAAACCUAUCUUUAUUGAAGAAAAAAAUUCCUCUUAAAUAUUGGCCUUCUGUAAGCAGAAUGAUAAGUGCAAUAGUUGUGUAUCUCCUUGACACUACAAUAAACUGAACUGAACUUUGCAAUUCCUUA